AUGGAGCAAUCUCGUGCUUCCUUAAUCCGUAGUUUGGAGUCGGAGGACAGGUACGUUUAUGAGUUGCAUAAACGGCGUCACCGUCAGGCUACGUCCUGCCCGCCCAUUUACUACGAGGAUGCCACGCGUAUAUCUCUCGAGCUAGAUGCAGUUCGCACAGUUCGAUCCAUUUUGCAGUUGAAGGAUUCCGGUGAAAUGGGUUACCCGUUGAGACCGUUUGUUCUGCCCUGUGGUGUUAGACAGGAAUGCUCCUCUGGUACGAGCACGUCGGAGUCUUGCAGCAGUUUGUUGAGCACUCGAAUAGACUUGCGAAGCCCCCCGUUUUUUCCUGCAAAAGGCAAGGGUUCACAAGAUGUUGCCAUAGGCCAUUGUGAAGUCAGCGUUGACAUCACCUGUUUGACUGAAAUGCCACCAAAUGUAAAUAAGCACGCAAGCCUGCCUGCUAAGUGUGGGUCAAACAUCACUGCUGAAAGAAUAUCACCGAAUGGCUCUUCAUCUGAUGGUUCGAUUACACAGAAUGACGACGGUGAUGCAUCAAGAUUCUCGAAACAUGCCGAUGCUGUGAAGCCUCAGCUGGCGAAAGAGGAUAACGCUCAUGUUGAUCGGGAUAUGAGAGCGCCGUUUGCUGCCGACUCUCUGCCGACACUGGCAUCACAACCAAGAGGUGAGCCACACACCUGCAACAAGGCCGAAGAAGCUACUUCUGAGGGUAAAGAUCCUAUCUAUGUUGCCACAUGUACAAACGUUGCUGCGGGUGCAGACGUGACUGUCGAGACGCCGAUUGAAAUACCCGGUCCCGAUGAUGCUACGCAAAUUCGUGUUGAGGAUGAGUCCGAUUCCUCCCCUGCAACUGAAGCCAUGCAUGAAAAUCAACAUCCGGAAAUGGAUGAGGUGUAUACUACUGUGAAACCUCUUCUACAAGCUGAAGAUACACCACCGAGUGCAUCUGAGUUAUUGGAUUCACCAUCCGAAAGCGAGACGGGUAGCGAUUCGUCCGUGAGUGCUUCGCCAAAACAUUCGUCGCGGAGCCUUCCAUGCGACACUGCAACUCACGACGAGCCACUUUCCCAGCAACAAUCUUUAGAGUUGAGUGAGAAUACCGCCGCUUCGACCGACCGUGACGCGUAUGCAAAUGAUUCGCCAGCCACUGAGGCUGUGACUCCGCCAAUCUCCAUGCGCACCGAAAAGCUGAAUGAAACCGGUUCCACUUACCAACACGAUACCGUGGAAAUAUCGGAGCCGGAUAUCACAUCAAGCAGGACAGAGAGUAACGCGCUUCUUUCAGAAACGGACAGCAGUGAAUUAGGUGCGGAGAACGAUUUGGCGAGCGACGUGGAACAUUCGAUCGACUCUGUAGAUGUACACAACGGCGAUGACGAUGUGGCCAAAUCAUCCACACCAAAUGAUGAGUCAGCUGAACCAAAGCUUGUGAAUCGUGCGGCGGACUCAGGUCGCGGUUCUCCAGCCCCAUGCAGCGCAUCUUCGGUUUCAGUUGGUGCAACAAACAAUUCGGAUGGUGCGUCGAACUCUACAAGUCCUAAGUUGCAGUCGGUGACCACUUCAGUUGAUUCACCGCCACUAAGCUCUGGCAGACCGGGCAGUGACGCAAUGGCAUCUGCACCACCUACACUUACGAGCGUGGACAGCUACAUUGUCAGCGACCCAGCAAGCGAACGUGCAUCUGCACGAUCUGUUGGAAGUGAAGGCCAUCGCCCUUCGCCUCGUUUAGAGAAUCCUGAGCACCAAGAGGUGGUUGGUAUGGUUGAGGAUACGCCUCAUACUACUGAGUCCAAGAUGACUGAGGAAGCAACAACUGUUGAGACGGCUGGCGCAUCGAAUGAUCCUGCGCCGACACACGACAUUAAGGAGGGCAAUUCAUCCGCUGAUGAGAUAGAAGCCACACCGGCAGAGUCUUCCCUUGUUACCCCUCGAUCUGUUUCGUUGUCUGCUGCUGAUAACGUCGACGCUGACUCAUCCAUUGAAGGGUCAUCAGAUCAGGGCGGUGCCCUCCAAAGCGAUUUAGCGUCAGAUACGGAUGAGUAUGAGUCCGAUUCACAGUUGCCAAUGACGCCCCAACUUUCAUCACACCUCGGAGAUGACGAGGAAGGCGAAUCAGUGACAAGCUCACCGCACGUUGCCACCUUUGGGGACGUUCAAUUGUCCCCUGAACCUGUUGAGAUGAUCCAACCGUCUUCCGAGGCCGAGGAUAACGUUGAAUCAUCUAUGGAGGCUGCGGAUGAUAGUGUUGCAAAUAUGCCUACUGAGGUUGAAGAAGACGUUCAGAUGCCUACGGGUACUGCGGAUGAGAGUGUGGCCGAAUCGUCUAGUGAGAUGACUGAAGAAGACGUUCAGAGGCCUACGGGUACUGCGGCCGAGAGCGUUGUCCCACCAUCAGCCGAGAAUGCGGAUCAGAAUGUUGCAGCAACACCCGCAGAUGGCGGCGAGAUUGUUAUCGAAUCACCUACCUCUAAUGCUGGGGACGAUAUGGACCUAUCUAUGGGCAGUGUAGAAGGGGCAAACGAUCAACAAAAUACUGAUAACGUGGAAGAUGGUGUUAUGGAAAUGCCAGCAGAGCCAGCUGAGAAUGUUACUGAAACACCCAUCGGCAGUGAAUACGUUGUUCAGCCGUCUUCUAAUACUUUCGAUGCGGAUGUUCCCGACACGCCUACGGAGACGGUUGUGGACGAUGUACUAACAUCUACCGAGACGGCGGAACAAGUUGAUACACAACCACCAGCGGGCACCACGGAUGUUAAUAUUGCCGAUAGCGCUGGGAACGCAACCCAGCAGCCUGCAAGUACUGCAGAUAUUCUUAUUACCCAACCAUCUGUGGAUGAAGCAGAGGAUGCUACUCUGACGUGCGCUGAUACGGUUGGCGAUGCUGUCGCCGAAAUAUCCGCCGACACUUCGGAUGGGAAUGUUAGGGGAUCGACCACUGAGGCCGAGGACGCAGACGACACAGAAGCGUCCGAUGAUACUGUAGAUGAAGAUGAUGUUCAAAUGUCCAAGGACACGGAGGAUGCGGAAAACGCGCAACUACCUACUGAUGCAAUUGAAGCGGAUGAUAUACAAAUAUCUGCUGUUAGCGGUGAGUCGAACGCUAGUGCGGCGAUUUCCGAAGAGGAAGCCGAUUGUGUGUCUGCUGAAGCAUGCGGUGAUGCAUGUCAGGCGGUAGAUGAUGCGAGCACCCAGAGCAUUCGUGAUUUUGUCAUCCCCGCCAUUCAUACCUCAACUCCUUCGCGGAAGGCGAGCAUUGUUUCGCACGAUUACGUCGGUGUACCCGAGGUAUCAGUAUCAGAUAAGGGAACCCCAAGGCAUGUUCAAAAUGAUCCGAGUGUAGCUGAUAUAAGCCGAUAUCCCUCGUUGCCGAGCGAUGGGGUCAAGGCAGACGCACCGUCAUCAUCGUCCUCUGCCGAGGCGGAUGCUUCGUUGCCCUCGAAUAACGAAAACGUAGGGGAUUUAUCAUCACGGUGUUCAAGUCUAGCAUCCGGUGAGAGCAGUGUGCGUGCUGCUGAGUCACCCAUUUCUUACCGGCACGAGGAUACGCUGAGUGAGAUGGAGGAAUCAUCCUCAUCAAUGAUUGCAACAGAUGCCGCGGAUGUUGCGAAUUCAACAGUAACUGCGGAAGACGCUGAAAUCCCGAAGGUAGAUACGAGUCCGGAGAAUUCACCAUUUCGCGUUCCGCAUGAGGUAGAGGAUAAGAACCUUGAGUUGGAGUCUAACGCGGCGUCAUCCGAACUAGGUAAAGUAGAUGAACGUAUCAGCGAUACGCCGUCGUCCCCGCGCAUCACCGAGCAACUUACUCAAGACGUGGAGGAUGCCGCAGAGGGCAUUGAGGAUAAUGUGCAAAGUCGCUCCUCUUCCGACGUAUCGGAUGCUGAUGUGGAACAAUCCGAGCCUUCGCAUCUGUCCCAAUAUUGUGGCACGCCAACUACCCCCGACGCUGAUCCGGCUAUUGGCACUGCCUCCGAUGAUCAGAUUGGCGUUUGCGGGGACCCGCAACCACCCGAGGAUAAGGUCGUCUGCCCCUCAGUGAAUGCUGUUGAUACAAGCGGCUCUCCGUCCGAAGCAACGUCACCGCGCAGCGUAGUCGGCGAGUGCAGUAGCAAUGAGGUGGAAUCGGGAAAUAGCGAGGAGGAAACAGCCGUCUCUAAAGAAUGCCCGGCGGUGGCAGAUGACUCGUCCACUUCCGUAUUAACUGGAGAGAUGAAACUUUUGCAUACUAUACGAACGGAUCAGCCCGAAGAUGCCGGUAACGGUGAUGAAGACCCCUUGGUACCCACCAGCGAUUCUGCCGAUGUUCCGAUGUUAGCUGACGACAAUGCGCUGAAGUCAGGGGAGGGUGGGAGUCUGACCACAGUGAAUAUCUCAUCAGAUACGGAGUCGUCUUCCUCUAAUGUGCAAAUAGAUGAGUCGACGCCGUUGAACGGUGAUUCGGAUGACAACGCAACGGAGUCGAAAUUCAGCGAUGUGUUAAAGGCUGAACCUAGUGAGGGAUCUGACGAUAUUCCUUCUGCGGUAGUGUCGGGCGAAUCAUCACAUCCAACACCGCGGUCUGCAGAUUCUUUGGCCUCUGAUUCCCACAGCCAAUCUGAGUCUGAAGCAUCUGCGCCUCCUCCGCCCUCGGAGUCUACUCCCGUAUCGGAAGGGGUUACUGAUUUGGUCGGCGAGCAUGAAGUAUCGGUAGAAAGGACUGCUUCGUAUUGUGAUAUUAGCGACGAUGUCCGUGUUUCGCCGUCUGCUGUCCCCGAAUCUACUACUGUCGAGAUCGGGGCUAUUUCUGGAGAUAACCAGGACGCAGCAUCCACAGAUGCUGAGCACGCAUUAUCUGCCGAUGCAAACAGGCUGUCUACACCAGGAGCCCCCGUGGAGCAGGCGCCGGUUGCCGAGACCAUUCCAGAGAUUGCAGAUUCCCACAGCGUAGCCACGCCCAGGUCACCGUCGCCGACGUCCGGCGUCGUGCAGGAAGAAGGUUCAGAGGACGGUCGCUCAUCCGCCGCGGAGGAUGCAGCGGAUGACACCGGCAUUUUGUCAUCUGCUAUUUCCGAAAGCGAAUCCGUUGCUUCUCCGUUGCUGUCGGAAUCCCCAAGAAGCGAUGCCACGCCGCAACUUGAGAGUGACUACGCCACGGAUAACGGUAUUUCGUACUCCGACUCCUCGCCGUUUUCUGCUGAGAGCUCGGAUGUUCACAGCUUAGGAUCUUCACCACGUGAGUAUGGAGAUGGCGAAUUAGCGGACGGCAUGCCGAAGAAGGCGAAGACAAACGUGAAAGUUGGUGAUGCGUCUGAUGCAUCGGCCGACUUAUCCCCUAAUGAUGGUGCGGAAUAUCACACCGACGCUCUGGUGACGGAUGAAGAAGAGGAGUCUCAUCAAUCGAGCGCGUCCCUGUUGGACAGUGACAAUGGUGAUGGCGCCGGGCACUCUCCGCCGGCUGCCGUGCCGCACGGGCGCCUAGCCGUUAGUAGGGCCGGAGAACCUGCUUCAAUUUCUAGGGCGUCGUCCUCAUCGACUAUUGAUGCCAAUUUGCCGAAUCAAGAGGAAGCGGAAACGAAUUAUGCGUCGUACCUGAUGUCGUUUUUCUGA